AUGACUCUUUAGAACUCUAUCCUUUUGGUAAAAUAUAUUAGAGGGAUGAAGCACGAAUUAAAUUUGAAUAAGAAUUAAAAAUUAAUUGAUAAAUCUUCAUAUUAAAUAUAACCUUUAAAUUCGAGAGUUUUUGAUUUUGAACUAAGAUAAAAUUUAAAAAUUAAUGAUGAAGUAGAUUGUUGUGAUAGUUCUUAAAUUUGGUAUAAAUCCCAUGUUUUAGAAGUAAAAGAUGAAGGAACAGAAAAUAAAUUAGUUUUAAUAGGUUGA